CCCGGGGAGGAGGAAGGCACCGCUCUCGGACGGACGGACGGACGGACCGGCCAUGGCGCUCGGCCUCUCGUGGCGAAUCCUCCUGCCGCUUCUGCUGCUCCGGCGGGCGCUCUCCGCCUCCUUUUCUCCCCCGCGCUUCCCCGAGGCGGGUGGGUUGCAACCCACGCGCGGCUGCUCGGUGCUGCUGGACCCGGUGUCGGCGGAACUGAAAGUCGUCCAAGGCUGGGCACCGGGCGCCGUCGCUUGGGCCAACCUGACCGACGGGAUCCGCGAGAACGGAUGGGCAGCACUGGAAUUAACCACCAAUGAGAAAUAUAACGACAGCAUUCAGGCUUAUGCAGCCGGGGUGGCUGAAGCCGCAGUGUCUGAGCAGCUGGUAUAUAUGCAUUGGAUGAACACCGUGGUUAGCUACUGUGGCCCGUUCACCUACCAGACAGACUACUGCCAAAAGUUGAAAAAUUACAUCGAAGCCAACUUGAAUUGGAUGGAAGAACAAAUGGAACAGGCAGGAAUGGAUUCUGCGUAUUGGUAUCAGGUUCGCCUUGUUCUGCUCCAGUUGAAAGGCCUCGAGGAUGGGUACAAUGGUCAGAUUUCCUUCCCGACGGGCAGAUUCUCUAUCGCUCCUUUCGGCUUUCUCUUGUUCCAGCUGGGGGGUGAUCUCGAAGACCUGGAAUCAGCGUUCAAUAAACCCGAAGAGAAGGAUAAUCUUGGUUCAGGCUCCUGCUCAGCGCUCAUCAAACUUUUACCCGGCCAUCAGGAACUUCUGGUUUCACACGACACGUGGAAUAAUUACGAAGCCAUGUUGCGCAUUCUCAAAAAAUACACCCUGCCCUUCCGGACUUCACUUCGCAGUGACACCACAAUUCCUGGUCACACCCAAGCUUUCUCUUCGUAUCCAGGCGCUAUUUUUUCCGGCGACGAUUUCUACAUCUUGAGUAGCGGAUUGGUGAGUCUGGAAACAACCAUCGGAAACAACAACAAUAAGCUUUGGAAAUUCAUCAAACCUGACAACAGUGUGUUGGAAUGGUUGCGUAACAUUGUGGCUAACCGUCUUGCAAGCACUGGGGCAGAAUGGGCGACCAUCUUUGAGAAGUUCAACAGUGGCACGUACAAUAACCAAUGGAUGGUUGUGGACUAUAACACUUUUGUCCCAGGUGUGGUUGCUCCCCAACGUGGCCUCCUGACUGUGCUGGAACAGAUUCCGGGAAUGGUAAUUACUGCCGACAUGACCAAACUUUUGUACCAAGAAGGCUACUGGGCAAGCUACAAUGUGCCGUAUUUCCAAGAGAUCUUCAACACCAGUGGUCUCCCGGCACUAGUUCAGAAAUAUGGGGACUGGUUCACCUACGAAAAGACUCCCCGGGCACAAAUUUUCCGGCGCAACCAAACUCUUAUACGGGAUAUGGAUUCGAUGAUCCGACUGAUGAGGUUCAACAACUUCCCUCAAGAUCCUCUCUCCCAUUGCCAAGGCUGCAACCCACCCCAGAAUGGAGAAAAUGCCAUCGCUGCCCGCUCCGAUCUCAAUCCUGCCAACGGGACAUAUCCCUUUGGGGCUCUCCACCAGCGUAGGCACGGGGGCACUGAUAUGAAGGUGACUUCUUUUGAAAUGAUGAAGAACUACAGCUUCCUGGCUGCCAGUGGGCCUACUUGGGAUAACCUUCCUCCUUUCCAGUGGAGCUCUUCUCCGUUUUGCAAUAUAUCCCACAUGGGACAGCCGGAUCUCUGGAAAUUCUCGCCCAUCCAAGUUCGCUGGGACUGAGUUUUCCCAAGACUCAGGCUUGGAUUGUGAGCCUAAUUCUAGCUACCUAUAUGGAGCUUUUUGGGGUGCAGAUUCCACCCAGGGGCUGGCUUUCUUGAAAGAAAGGGGCAAGCUUUCUCGCUUUCAUUCUCAACAGCUUGAGCAGUUAAUAAUGAAGAAAAAUAACCAGCAGGGGUUUGAACGCUGCCAUUCGGUACAACAAUGGGAUAUUGGAGGAAUUUCACUAAAUGAACCGUGGUGAGUCAAAGGGCUGGCUGUCAUUUCCCCCCUCUUUGCAUUGAAUCCGCUCUGCAGCCAAACCUCCAUUUUUAAAAAAGAAAAGUUAAACAGAGGGCGUGCCUUCAAAGUCCCCGUUGUGUAGCCAUGCAAAAUUUCACCAGGAUUUAAAAUUGGAGAAGUGCUUAUAGAGGCAAUCAAAACAAAGUA